UGUGCACAUACUGUCGAAGUAUACGGUCAUGUAAACAUUUAUAUAUUUUUUAUAUCGAUCACUUCUAUACACGCAAUGAGUAAUUACAACACUGUGAUAGCAAUUCUACUAUGGUUUCAAUUCUGUGUCGCAUUCGACUUACCGAGGGAUGGGUGUCAAACAGAACUGAAGAUCAACAAUAAUCAGUACAAUGUUACUAAUACUUAUCAUAUCGGUGAUGUGCACCCUACUGACGCUCACUACGAUGUUUUUGGCAACCUAUUUUAUGUAGAAACUGGACUAAACGACAAAGGAUAUUACUUUAACACCAAUGUUAUCAAAUUCAAAACUACCGCUCCUCAAAAAAUACCGGGUUUACCAGAAGACAUCAGUUAUUCAAUAGCCAUCGAUAAAAAGGAAAAGAAAGUCUACUUCGGCACAGGCAACGGUAUUUUUGAGUAUAAUUACGAAAAUCAUUACGCCAUUCCUGUUUCUAGUAGUGCCUUCAAAUUGGACAUGAUAUUUGUAGACACAUACAGCAACAAAUAUGUUACUGAAAACAAUGAUGGCGUUGAAGAAUUAUACUUAUUAGACGACGAAAUGAUGAAGAGAAUUCGCUUCAACAGUCUUGAAGCACUCAACGAACUUACCAUUGAUGACGACAAUAAUUUCUAUUACAUAAAAGAUGGAAAGUUAUAUGUAUUGAAAACUUAUCUUUCAUCCCCGCUUUGUAUCGGCAAUGUGACCUACAAUGGAAUGGCACAAAUCGCUGUCCACAAUAGUAAUGUAUUUAUAGCAAGUGACGACCUGCUAUAUUUCCAUGAAAAUGAUACAGGAGGUAUAAAGGUAGUCGACAAUGCUCCCGAUAAUGUAACAGCGAUAGCUUUUGAUGACACUGGAGAUUUUAUACUUGGAAUUCGCGGCAAGCUUCUAAAAUACAAGAAACAUGAAUGCUACAUAAGGAAACCUUAACAAUGACCGAUAGAAAUAAUUAC